ACCAGUGCCGCACUCAUCGCAAACGUGGAAGCAGCUGCCCUUGCGCCUAUAUAGUCUCCCACCGUACACUGCCAACCUUUACCCUCCUCCACCAUUCCACCACAACCCCAACCAUCAACUAUCAGCUCGCACCUGCCGAUUUAGCUCAACAGCUCAACUCAUCGACAGCUUACCCCACUUCUUCAACGACACGUCUACCCACAACCAGCUCGUCAUAAUGGCCAACACUACCACAGCCUCGAGCGAAAAGAGCAUUAGCAUCACUACCAGUGAUGGUAUCACCAUGAAUGUCCCGCGUCCCGUUGCCGAGCGCUCCAUUCUCAUCAAGAACUUGCUCGAGGACCUUGGUGGUGAAUCCGAGGAAUCCAUCCCCAUCCCCAACGUUAACGAGGCGGUCAUGAAGAAGGUGCUUGAGUGGUGUGAACACCACCGCAGUGACCCCCCCGCCACGCAAGACGACGACUCGGACUCGCGCAAGAAGUCGACCGACAUUGACGAGUGGGACCAGAAGUUCAUGCAGGUUGACCAAGAGAUGUUGUUCGAGAUCAUUCUCGCCGCGAAUUACCUCGACAUCAAGGCACUGCUCGACGUCGGCUGCAAGACAGUCGCGAACAUGAUCAAGGGCAAGUCCCCUGAUGAAAUCCGCAAGACUUUCAAUAUCCAGAACGACUUCACGCCUGAGGAGGAGGAGCAGAUCCGUCGCGAGAACGAGUGGGCCGAGGACCGUUAGAGAGUCUAAGAUUGCUGAGACUGACCCGGUCGACGACUGAGCAGCUCUCACCUCUUUUCGUCGCGCAUGAGGCUUGGCGAUUAUCACAACAAGGCAUGUGUACACAUUGAGGGAAGGUAUCUGUGGCGUAGCGGAGUUCACGGUCUGAUAUUUUUCCGCGAGCAUGAUGCUGGGAAGGCCCCAUAGGAUCCAUGGGUUCUGGCUGGUUAGGAUGUCAUGAAGGACUAGCUUAGUAUAGGUUACAUUCAGCCAUUAUUGUAACCUCGUACAAGGGCAGUUGAAUGAAAUUUCACAUUACAUGUUCAA